AUGCUGUUCUCCACAGUCCCUGCGGCCCUUCUCUGUGUCGCAACUGCCACUGCAGCUGCUCUCCCAUUGCCUGGCAAGCCACAAACAUACACUCCCGCGCGGAACCUCAAGACCCUCUCCAAACUCUUUCCCCAGAGUACUCUUACUAGCCCAGACACUCUCGGCCUAGACCUGAAGUACGUUGUCCUCGGUAUCGGCACACAAAACUACACAUGUAGUACGCCCGACGACAGCGUGACUCCUGGUACUACUGGUGCAUACGCUACCCUAUACGAUAUCGGCACGAAGCUCAACGACGACAAGAUGGCCAAAUGGAAGAUUGGCUCCAUUUCGCCUCUUGCACUCUCGCUGAGCGAAUGGGCACCUCAAGUUGUUGACAUGAGCCUCAGGUCGCAGGGCUACGAACAUAUCGCCGGUCAUCACUUCUUCGCCGAUGUGUCAGGAACAAACACGCCAACAUUCGCUUUCGACAAGUUGAGCGCACCCUUCCCCAUGACCCAAGUGGCCAAGAUAGGCAAUGUCGAUGCACCAGCACACGCAUGCCCAGGCAAGAAUGGCCUACCUGCUGUUCAGUGGCUGUAUCUCCAGCACAAGGCUGGUAUCACUCAAGGAGGAAUCGACACUGUCUACCGUGUCGAGACUGCUGGUGGUAACAAGCCUGCUACUUGCAAGGGCAUGCCAGCUUCUUGGGAGGUCAAAUACGCUGCGCAAUAUUGGGUCUAUGGUCCAAAGUAG